AUGCAGAGCUAUGUGAUACCACAACAAGUGAUCAAAUCAAUAAUGAAACAAAGAUAUAUAAGUUGCAAUGAAUACAGAUGGAAUACAGGACCUUGUGAAUUAUCAAGAUUAAAAUAUUUUAAAAAUGGACCAUCAUUUGGUAUUGAUGAUCGUCACACGGUUUAUCGUGGAGUUAUGCAUAGAUUAUUAACAUUAUGGUUAUCACCCACAUAUACAAGGUGUCCCAAAAGUCCCGGAAAAAGUAAAAUGCCAAUAUCUUUUUUACUACUCAAUCAUUUUUCAUGAACUUUUCGCCGUUUGAUAGGAUAUUAUCUUAAGUUUUAUUUCUGAUAUUUCGGAUAGGAUGUCAGUUCCUUUA